CUGUUUUUACUCUCGAUACAGAGCUGUCGACUAACAUCAAGCAUUGGCACUUAGGUAAAGACUGGUGGAGUAGUGAUAGAGAAAGAAACCGAAAAAUCUAAACAAACAAAUAAAACCCCGAUAACUGAGAGAAAACAUGGAGAGUUUUUCAGAAAUGGUUCCUUUUCCAUUAUUAUCGACUCCGAUUGAAUCUAAUUACAGAGCUUGUACCAUUCCUUAUAGAUUUCCUUCUGAUAAUCCUCGAAAAGCAACACCUACUGAGAUUUCUUGGAUCAAUCUUUUCUUAAAUUCUGUCCCCUCUUUUAGGGAACGCGCAGCAAGCGAUAACACUGUUGCUGAUGCCCCUGCUAAAGCCGAUAAGUUUGCCGAAAGGUAUACAGAAAUUCUUGAGGACCUAAAGAAGGAUCCGGAAAGUCAUAAUGGACCUCCUGAUUGCAUUAUGCUUUGCAGGCUUCGUGAGCAAAUUCUUAGGGAGUUAGGUUUCAGAGAUAUAUUCAAGAAAGUUAAGGACGAGGAGAAUGCCAAGGCUAUUACGCUGUUUGCGGAGGUAGUUCGAGUAAGUGAUGCGAUUGAAGAUGUAAGCAAACGCGUUGAGAACUUGGUAAAGGGAAUAUUUGCAGGGAACAUCUUUGAUUUGGGUUCUGCUCAGCUUGCAGAGGUUUUUGCAAAGGAUGGAAUGUCGUUUCUAGCAAGUUGUCAGAACAUUGUGCCUCGUCCCUGGGUUAUUGAUGAUCUGGACAAGUUUCAGUCAAGUUGGAGUCGAAAGACUUGGAAAAGGGCUGUUAUCUUUGUCGACAAUUCUGGUGCAGAUAUCAUCUUGGGUAUUUUACCAUUUGCGAGGGAGCUACUUCGGUGUGGCACACAGGUCGUUUUAGCAGCCAAUGACUUACCUUCAAUCAAUGAUGUAACAUACUCUGAAUUGGUGGAGAUCAUUGCAAAGUUAAAAGAUGAGAAUGGGAAACUUGUUGGUGUUGAUACUUUCAAUUUACUUAUCGUCAAUUCUGGCAACGAUUUGCCUGUUAUUGAUCUUUCAAGUGUGUCUCAAGAACUUGCGUGCUUGGCCAGUGAAGCAGAUUUAGUUGUCAUGGAAGGAAUGGGCCGUGGAAUUGAGACUAACCUUUAUGCUCAGUUUAGAUGUGAUUCCCUCAAGAUUGGAAUGGUGAAGCACCCAGAGGUCGCCCAAUUCCUAGGAGGGAGACUCUAUGACUGUGUUUUCAAAUUCAACUAACUUCAUAUUCAUUGAGAUACACACUCUUGCCAUUAUUCUGUACGUAUAAUGUUCAUUGCUAAAACACAUUGUAUUAUUUACUCUUAGCCAUUCUCAUGCAAGGUGUAUUUUAGACUAUGAACAUCAUAUACGUCUACAUAUUUCUGGAUUGGCAGCACGAAUCUUGUUUCGCGGCUUUACUCUUAGCCGAACCUAUGUUGGUCUUGAAUACUAAUAAUAUUGGGUAAUAGAAAAUCAUGCUGAUGCCAA